AUUGGAGAGAGGGGAAAAAAGAAAUCCCACUUACAGACUUCCCUGUGAACAAGGACAGGACACCAUGCCUGGCCAAAAGACUGGACUCUUUGGAGAGAAGGUCACCGUUCACCAUGAAGCCACGGGUUAAUGCUGACCCCAAGGCCAAGGGGUUUGGUAUGUGCCCGUGCCUCCUGGCUGGACUGAGCAGGCUCCACACCAAGACACAAUAAAGGACACACUACAUUGUGUGAGAGGGCAAUUGAAGUCAAGGUGGGAGAGGAGCCACAGCCAAGCUUUUUUUUACUUUUUUACUUUUUAGCAGAAGGAAUCCAGGCAAAAAGGAUCUGGGCAGGCUUGGGACAUGUGCUCCUCUGCAAAGCAGAGGGAGACAGAAAGCAGCAGCAACCAGCAGGAUUGCUAUAGCUGUUCCCUUCUUUUGAAUGGAGAUCCUGGUGUAGCAACCCUGAGCUCGUACUAAGCCAUAUCCAUGCUGGGUCAAAACAACCCCUGAGGGAAGCAAUAAACUGCUCAUACAAAUCUCAUACCUUCCUUCUCUGCGGGCCGGGAGCUGUGGAUCAGUCCUGGCCUGCCCCAACCCUUACAGUCCUUACAGUCCUUACAGUCCUCGGCUUCUCCUGGUACUCACCUACAACUUGGUCAUAUAUGUCAUGUACAUCGUUCACCUGACUGGUGACGUUGGGAGAUGAUGCAUGAAGAGGGGAUGUGAAAUGGCACGUCCCAUCAGGCACGAAUGCCACCUCCAUUUGGCAAGAGGUGUGCCUGUGUCCUUUAAUAGGUGCCCACCGCACUAAAAAGACCAGUCAUCAUCAGCUGGGACAUUCUGACAAGAACCUACUCAUUAUGGGCAACUCUUAACUCCCAGCAGAGGCAGAGUCACUUAGCACACACUGCAAGAGAGCACCAGCACCAGCAGCAAGCAGGGCUGCUCACUGGACUGAAUAAAAAAAAAAAACAAGAUAAAGAAAAGGGUAAGGUGUGGAAGUUAUAGUUCUAAAACAGAUAGAGAAGAAGGUAGGCACAGCUGGAGCCCAGAAGAAGUUGGAGAAAGACUCUGCUGCUCAAGGUAUGCUCCCAACCUCCACGCACUGUGGAGGACUCGGGUGGGUGAUGCUUGGAGAAGUGGUCACACCGAAGCAACUCUCCUCAUUAAUCACUCAAACCCUAGGGGGGAUCCACUCAUUCACUGCUGGGUCUUCAUCAGCCCAGGCACAAGAGAUCUCCUGCAUGGGAGAGGGGAAUGGGACAAGAAGUUGGGUACCAGUGAUUUCACCACCUUCACAUCUUCAGACAGGAUAGAGAAGAGGACCACUGGGUCUUCUUUCUCUCGCUGUCAUUUUUUUCUCCCCAUCUCAUCUCUCCUUCGGUUUAAAUCAAAAUAUCCAUCUUUCUACUUCCUGCUCCUGUUAGUGAGGAGUCAUCUGAGCUGCCUCAAACACCUCCUUCCCCAAAAGACACUAGGAGACUGUUAACAAUAACGUUGCCCGUGGUGAGAUGCUGCUACAAGUACCCAAAGGCUGCGAGAGAACAGCAAACCAGAGCACUGGAGCUGGGUUUCUCCAGCAUCCAAGUCAUGACUGCAGCCCAUCACAAGGCAGUGUGCUGGGUUUGCGUGUGGUGGGGUUUUGAUAGCAGGGAAAGGGACUACAGAGGUGGCCCCUGAGAGAAGCUUCUCGAAAACUCCCCUGGCUCCAUGUCUGAGCCAAUUAGCGAUGGUGGCCACACCUCUGCAGUAAUGUAUUUAAGAAGGGCAACCCGAGAGGAGUUGGAGUUGUGAGGAGUUGCAAGGAGGACACUUCUGCAAACACCAAGGUCAGUGGAAGAAAGGGAGGAGGAGGAAGCGAAGAGGUUUGCUGGAGCAGUGACUCCCCUGCAGCCCAUGGUGAGAGGGCAGGGCCACCCCCCUGCACCCAUGGAGGUCCAUGGUGGAGCAGAUGACACCCACAGCCCGUGGAGGACCCCACACCGGAGCAGGGGCUGUGCCCAAAGCAGGCCAGGACUCUGUGGGAAGCCCCCGCUGUUGUAGUUCAGUGCUGGGAGGACUGCAACAUGUGGGGGGACCCAUGCUGGAGCAGGGGAAGGGUGUGAGGAGUGCUCCCCCUGAGGAGGAAGGAGCAGUAGAGACAACGGGUGGUGAGCUGACCGUAACCCCCAUCCUUUGCCCCUCCGUGCUGCAGCGGGGGAGGAGGGAGAGAAAUGGGGAGCAAAGCUGGGCCCAGGAGGAACAGAGGGAGUCUGUCUUUUGCCAGUGGCCAUAACAGGAUGGCUGGUUACUGUCCAGUGACAAAGGUCCUUGUAGCAGCAUCUCCGGCUGGAGCAGCCUGUGCACAGUUUGGGUGAUGCUGCAGCUGGAACCACCUGAGGAGGCUGUGGGAUGCCCAGAUCCUCCCCACAGCAUGUUCAUCAGCCCAUGGAGACAUGCAAGUGGUGCUUCUCCGUUGACUUUAGGCACAGCAGGAGCUCCUGGGGGAUCUUCAAGCCUAUCCCAAAGCUUCUGUAUCCACCAGCCAGGUGUUUUCCUUGGAUGGCAGCUGGGAUUGCAGUCCAUCAGUCAGUCCGACGCCUCGCUGCUGCAGGAAUGAGCUGGGGAGUACCUGGACCACCCUGGAACUGGAUGUCCGUUGUGUGCUCUGUGUGUGCUGGGGUGCAGCCCCGAUUCCCAGCCACCCCACAGUUACACCUGGGGGGCAAAACUGAAUUUUAUCCUUCUAUUACACUUACAACUUAAAUACUGUAGGUGUUGUUAGAGCAGACCCUGAGGAAGGGGUUGCUCUAGGCAGCUCUGGAGGGUUUCCAAGUGAUCCAGGGGGCGUUUCUAGGUUUUUCAGCCUGUUGCAGUGGCCAAGGGACACUUGCCUGUCCUGGCUGCCCCAUCGUUGACCUAGACUUUGGUGCUGCACAAAUUAAGGCCAAUAAACUGCACUGUGUGGGACCAGCAAGUCUACCCUUGCCUGCCUGACCUCAGGCAAGGCGAGGGACAGAUCCUGGUGUCCCAAGAGGGAGGGUGGCGGUGGGAGGGGGCAUCUCGGUGCAGGAACAGGGGUAGCACCGGCCCUGAAAACCGAGUGGCUCAAGUUUGGUGCAGGAGGGAAGGUAUGAAGAGCAGGUCUCCAGACAUCCAUCUGAGGGCAUUCCCUGCUUGGGCAGGACACUUUGCAUCAUUCCUCAGCUGCCAGGAAAGGUGGAUGGUGGUUAUGGACCGUGGCCAAGAGACUGGGGUGCAGACACCGAAUUUCACAAAGCCAUGGGCUGAUGCAAGCCCUCAUGGGUAAAUACAUGAUAACUGUGUAGGAAAAGCUAACUGCAGAGUCAGGGCGAGAUUGGCGGAUGGAGCAGCAUGGUUUUAGAUCCGCCCUGUUCUGGUGACUGGGGCCAACCGGGGAAUCGGCCUGGGGCUUGUCUGGCAUCUCCUGGGGAUGCCAAAGCCACCCAAGUGGGUGUUUGCGACUUGUCGGGACCCCAAGGGACAGCGAGCGCAGAAGUCACCGACCCCGCCAGCAUCCAGGCGGCUGCAGCCAGAGUCGGGGAGCACCUGGGGGGCUCAGGGCUGAACCUCCUCAUCAACAACGCUGGCAUGGCCAAGGUGAGCUCGCUUGAUACCGAGACGCCGGAGAACAUGAUCCACGUUUACACCACCAACAUGGUUGGGCCCCUGCUGCUGGGCCAGGCGUUCCUGCCCUUGCUGAAGAAGGCAGCCCAGGGUAGCCUGGGCUCAGCGCUGAGCUGCAGCAAGGCAGCCAUCAUCAACAUGUCCAGCUCUGCAGGCUCCAUUGAGGAAAUCUAUUUAUGGAAUCACGGACAAGUUGUCUCGUACCGCUGCAGCAAGGCUGCUCUGAACAUGCUGACCAAGUGCCAGUCCCUGCGGUACCGGGAGCACGGCAUCCUCUGCGCUGCUCUCCACCCCGGCUGGGUGCAAACCAACACGGGGAACUCCGUCGGACACGCGCUAGGUGUUUCUCCUGAUUUUCCAGGAGAGGGAUUUGGCUGCCCUGACCCCUGACCACAACCUCCCUGCCUGCCCCAUCCCUGCCUGGGCAGUUCCCCCUGCCCUGACCCCACGUUCCUGGUGCCCUCCCAUCCCCUCGGCUCCCUUUCUGGGGCUGGCAGCUUUCCCCUUGCCCUCAAGCAGCUCCUGCCCCUGCCCCCGGCUGCUCCAGGGCAGCCCUUAGCCAGUCUUUGGGCACAGGCUGCCUCUCCCCCUUUGCCCCGCAGCCCCCCACGACGGUGGACACCAGCGUGCAAGGGAUGCUGAAGGUGCUCUCCUCCCUCUCCGAGAAGGACACUGGCACCCUCCUGGACUGGGAAGGGAAGGUUGUGCCCUGGUGAGAUGCCAGCCCAGCCUCCUGGCAGCGGGGCCCGGGGCCGCUGCUCCCACCUGCCCCACGUCCUCAAUAAACCCCUGUCUGAGAA